GGACACACGUCACAGGAAAAACACUUCACUUCCGACAGCGAGGUCAAGAUGGCGCGCUGCAGCAUGUGAAGGGGACUCAGCGGCAGCCGGUCGUUCGCUUGAGGAACAUGUACAAAACACCAUGUAGUAGACUGACGGGAGUCUGGAAAUGCCUUCCACGUGAUGGUUUGGUUGGUGUCAGCGUGCAGCAGAAGCUCAUUGCAAAUGCGGCUAGGAGUCAUAUGAGUGCCAGGAGUCUGAUUCAGCUCUGCAGGAAAAAUCAAGCAGAAUGGAUCACGUUCCAGCAUCUCUGCUUUUUGAAGAGACAGUAUGUGAAGAGCAGCAGCGGUCUCUGCCAGAGAGCGAGACCCAAGCAGGAGCAUGUUGCCUCUGUGCUGGACGAUCGAGAUGAUUCGGUGGUCAGUCAGGUUCAGCAGAUCCCAGCCUUAAAGCCUGAACCAGGUACUGUGGUGCCGCCAUGUAACCCGGUUGAACCAGAAGCGGCUAGGGCAGCCCGCUUGGAGGCCCGGCAAUGGAAGGAGUUAAAGGUUGAAUACAGUGAUUUACCAGGGAUUUACGCACGGCUCUCCAAACUUAAAUUAACAGCUCUUGUGGUUACUACGGCAGCUGCUGGCUAUGCCAUGGCUCCAGUGCCCUUUGACCCUGUCACUUUUUUGAUGGCUUCAGUCGGAACGGGUCUCGCUUCCUGUACAGCCAAUUCCAUCAAUCAGUACUUUGAGGUGCCCUUUGACUCAAAUAUGAAUCGUACCAAAAACAGACCUCUGGUUCGAGGACAAAUCAGUCCUCUGCAUGCCGUGUCAUUCGCCCUGGCGUGUGGGAUCCCAGGUGUGACCCUGUUGACCCUGGGUGUAAAUCCCCUGACUGGCUUCCUGGGCGCCCUGAACAUCUUCCUGUACACGUGCUGCUAUACUCCCCUGAAACGCCUGAGCAUCACCAACACCUGGGCGGGUGCCGUGGUGGGCGCCAUCCCACCUGUAAUGGGCUGGACAGCAGCCACCGGCGCUCUCGAUCCAGGAGCGCUCUUACUGGGAGGUUUCCUGUUCUCCUGGCAGUUUCCUCACUUUAAUGCACUAAGCUGGAAUCUAAGAGAGGACUACUCGCGCGGCGGGUACCGAAUGAUGUCCGUCACCCAUCCCGGCCUUUGUAAACGUGUGGCCCUCCGCCACAGCGUAGGCCUGAUUGGCCUAUCAGCCUUGGGCCCCGUGCUGGACGUCACCACCUGGACGUUCCCCUUAGUCUCUCUGCCCAUUAACCUUUACAUCAGCUACCUGGCUUUCAGGUUCUAUCGCUAUGGCGACAGGCAGAACGCCCGGAAGCUGUUUUUCUGUAGUCUUUGGCACCUGCCCAUGCUGCUGCUGCUGGCCCUCACCUGCAAGAAGAACCGCGUGCCGCAGGACGAGGCAGCUGUGUCUCCCAGCAUGCCGUCUCUGGCUCUGUAGAGCAAACUCAAUCCCCUGCCAUAUUCAUACUGGCUACAUAACUGCGAUCAGCCCUAAAAUGAAUCAUCUUGGAGCUAAAAAGACACCAAAAGUUGUGUACCUUGGAGAGGGAAGUCAUAACCUCUUUCCAUUGUUGUAAAAGUUUCCCUCAGGGAAAAAUAACUAUAUAAAAAUCCCUGAAUUCACUCAGGUAACUUGUACACAAAUCAAUGCUCUGUGUGUGUAAAUAGAUUAAAUAUUUAUUUGACGCAGCCCCCUGUUGUCUGUAAACUCAUAGACUGAUUUGUGUCUAUGUGGAUCAUUGAAAUUAAGACAAGAAAACGUUUUGCCUAGAAUUAAACCAUAUGCCAUUACUGUGGAUAUUUUGGUUGGAUGCGAUAUAGGCCCGAUAAUGGAGAACAGUUUGUUUUAAUGCACCUAUCAAGUAAUUUCCAAGUUUGUUCUCAUCUAAUUACUUGCUAAUUGACAUUUUCCAAGUUUUCACUUUCUGAGUCUGUUAAUAUUUCAUUUCGGCUAUAAAUGAUUUAGUAAAGAAACCGCUGAGUCUCACUGCAGGCCCAGAAGUCUUUAUUCUGCUUGAAACUCCGUCCCUCUGAGUCUGAGUUGAGAUGUUGAAAGGAUGAUCGUUUUAGAGAGCCCUCGGGUAUUAGCUCCAUCAAAGAUCCUUACUAGUCAAAUAAACUCAGUCAACUCAUUUGAACUCCCCAGAACUGAAUGACUGUUGAUUCAUUGAAUGUAACAGUGCUAAAUAUCACUGACUGCAGCCAUGCUUUGUUCGUUACUGUUUGCUCUCUCCAAACAGCUACAUUCAGCACCUUCACGGUUUACCCACAUCUAGCCUCACUGUACCAAUGAUUUGUGCAAGACGCAAAAACAAUGAAAGUUCUUAUUAAAAUAAGUUGUGAUCAA